AUGCCAGAACGUAUAAGUGUAUCCUUAUAUGAAAAAAAUAGAGGCCAAAGAAACGUUGAAGAAAAUUCUGAUAAUUAUAAAAUUCUUCGUUACCCUUGUAGUAGCUCAAUUCAGACGUGCACUCCAUACGUUGUCAGUCUGUCACGCGGAACAUAUCAGCUUGAGCUCUUUGGUGCCUCAGGCGGCUUCCCAAACAAUGAUCCUAAACUUGGGGGUCACGGCUCUUAUACGAAAGGCAACUUAGUUGUUGAUCAUGAUAUGAAACUCUAUGUUUACCUUGGUCAACAAGGAAAAUUGAAUGGUCCCCGAACGUUUAAUGGCGGCGGGCGAGGCUCUGCAAAUGCAGGUUCGGGAGGCGGUUCUUCUGACAUCCGAUUGAUUGCAGACCAGUGGGAUAAUUUCGAGAGCCUUAAGAGUCGCAUCAUGGUUGCGGCAGGUGGAGUUGGAGGCCAUCUCCACGCAUAUUUUUAUACCGGAACACAUGGUGGAAAUCUGACUGGUGUUGACGGAAUUUUGACAUCUGAUCCAAGUUGUAAUCCUAUAGGGCCACUGAAACAGGCGUAUGGGGCAACACGAAAUCGUGGCGGAAUAGGAGGAAUUGGGGAGAGCGCCUCUGGAAAGGAUGGAAAGUUUGGGACUGCCGGAGAUCCAGUUCCCUCUGAUUAUACCUCUGGUGGAAGCGGGGGAUAUUUUGGUGGGGCCGGAAGUUCAAUAUCGAGAUGCCAUGUUGGAAUAGGAUCUUCAGGAUCGUCGUUCAUAUCUGGACAUAAAGGGUGCAAUGCGAUUCUGAACACAUCAACAUCUCAAGAUAAUAUUCAUCUCUCCAACCAAAAUAUCCAUUAUUCAGGGAUCAAAUUCAGUUCUACAAUCAUUAAGAGCUGA